CGGGAGUCCACCAGCGCCCCGCCAGGCGCCGUCCACGCCUGGAUCCUGGACCCCGCGGGCGAGGCCUACUACUGGUGGCUCAACCUCAUGGUGGUGCCCAUCAUGUACAACUGGAUCAUCCUGGUCUGCAGGGCCUGCUUCGUGGAACUGCAGGAGCACUACCUGGUGCUGUGGCUGGUGCUGGACUACGCCUGCGACCUGCUCUACCUGCUGGACGUCACCGCGCGCUUCCACACCGGCUUCCGGGAGGACGGCAUCCUGGUGCGGGCGCGGGGCCGCAUCGCGCAGCGCUACGCCCGGUCGCGCCAGGCUCUGUGGGAUGCGGCCUCGGUGCUGCCCACCGACCUGCUGUACGUGCGGCUGGGCCUGGGCGCGCCAGCCGUGCGCCGCUACGCCCGGUCGCGCCAGGCUCUGUGGGAUGCGGCCUCGGUGCUGCCCACCGACCUGCUGUACGACCGCACGGAGACGCGCACGGGCCACCCGCACACCUUCCGCAUCGCCAAGCUGAUGCUCUACGUCUUCGUCACCAUCCACUGGAACGCCUGCGCCUACUUCACCCUGUCCGAGUUCCUGGGCCGCGGCAGCGACACCUGGGUGUGCCCCGACGCCGCUCAGCCUGGCUUCGACCGCCUGCGGCGCCAGUACCUCUACAGCUUCUACUUCUCCACGCUGGUGCUGACCACGGUAGGCGACACGCCGGAGCCGCAGCGCCCCGUCGAGAUGCUCUUCAUGGCCGCUGGCUUCCUGCUGGGCAUCAUGGGCUUCGCCACCAUCAUGGGCAGCAUCGGCUCGGUCAUCUCCACCAUGCGCAGCGCCGACGCCGCCUUCUACCCCAACUACGACCUGGUGAAGCACUACUUGCGGCUGCACCGCGUGGGCCGGCGCCUGGAGCGCCGCGUGGGCCGCUGGCACCAGCACCUGCGGCUGGAGAAGAAGCUGACGCACGAAGGCCGCAUCCUGCAGCACCUGCCCGAGCGGCUGCGGGCCGAGGUGGCGGUGAGCGUGCACCUGGCCACACUGCGCAAGGUGCAGCUGUUCCAGAGCUGCGAGCGCUCGCUGCUGGAGGAGCUGGUGCUCAGGCUGCAGCCCCAGGUUUACAGCCCCGGCGAGUACGUGUGCCGCAAGGGCGACAUCGGCCGUGAGAUGUACUUCAUCCGCGAGGGGCGCCUGGCCGUGGUGGCCGACGACGGCAUCACGCAGUAUGCCGUGCUGGGCGAGGGGCUGUACUUUGGGGAGAUCAGCCUCAUCAACAUCAAAGAGGCGCGGACGCAGGCGCUGGAGACCGCGCUCGAUGCCCUGCAGACCAAGGUGGCGCGGCUGCUGGCCGAGCUCGAGUCCAGCGCCUUCAAGAUCGCUCUGCGCCUCGAGCGCCUCGAGUGGCAGAACCGCGACCGUCCCACGCCCCCCGGCGCCCACAACCUGCCUGACCCCUGAGCCCCGGCCCCGGCCCUGCUCCCGGUGGGGUGGGGCGGGAGGAGGACAGACCGUGCCCCACACCAGCACACCGGAGAGUCGGGAAAGGGUUAACCCGUCCCAUGCUCUGUCAACAGUUGCUAGGGAACCAGC